AUGUCGAUCCAACGCCUUGUUCGUUUUGUCUCGAAAGAUGAUGGCAAGACUUACUACGGCGCUGCAGAUGAGGCACUCCAAUUCGCCAAACCUUUUCAGGAGGGAAGCCCAUUCUCACCUACGACUCAAAUUAGCGACAACAAGCACGGCAUUCAGAAGCUCUUGUGUCCCAUUGGCAUCGAUGAUGCCCGCUCCGUUGUUUGCAUCGGCCUGAACUACACAGACCACGCUCAGGAGGCCAAGAUGGCUAUCCCAAAGGUGCCGGUUGUUUUCUUCAAGCCGGUGACUGCACUUACUGGCCCAUAUGACGACCUUGUCCUCCCUCGCACUUCAUGGGAGAAGGGAAGACUCGACUACGAAUCAGAAUUAGUGAUCGUGAUUGGCCGUAAGGCCUCGCGGGUGUCCAAGGAUGACGCACUAGACUAUGUCUUCGGUUAUACUGCUGGCAACGAUAUCUCCAACAGAGCAUGGCAGCUUGAACCGCACUUGGGCGGAGGCCAAUGGUGCUACUCGAAGUGUUUCGACUCUUCCGCACCUAUAGGACCUGCAAUCGUGUCAAAAGAUAUCCUCGGCUCUGCGGUCGGGCUUGGGAUUCGCGGCACCCUCAAGGAUACCCAGGUGCAGAACGGCAACACCAAUAAUAUGAUCUUCUCUGUAGCCGAGAUCGUGUCAUUCUUGAGCCAAGGCAUGACGCUGCUUCCUGGGACCCUUAUCUUCACUGGAACUCCCGCUGGUGUUGGCUUUGGAAGGACGCCUCAGAUUAGUAUGACGGAGGGCGAUGUUACCAAGGUUGAGAUAGAUGGCAUUGGUGCCAUUGCAAACAAAGUUGUAUAUGAACAAUAA